CCUGGCAGUUCUUUCUUCUCCUGGACCUUCCUUCACACAGAGUGGAUCAGCAGCAGAGUGCGGACCCCCGGCCAGGAGAUGUCUGCUCACUUUGGGGUCCUGCUCCUGUGCCUCGUCCUUGGGGACUAUUUGUCGGCCUCGUCUGUAGAUGUCAGUGAACUUACACAAUCAAAAUGCAGAAUAGCCGGCGUGGUCCUGGUGGAGAAUCAAGACCGCUCCAAGAAAUUUAACUUUACGAUGGCGGAAGAUGCGUGCCAGGCGCUGGGGCUACAGCUUGCCAGCGAGGCUCAGGUGGAGAAGGCCAAGGGAUAUGGAUAUGAGACGUGCAGCUUUGGAUGGGUAUUGGAAAAAGCUGGGGUGAUUCCACGGAUCCAAAAUAACGAAAACUGUGGCAGGAACAAAACCGGGGUCAUCACCUGGAAGGUGGAACUCCACAGAGUCGUCUUCAGCGCCUACUGCUUCAAUGCCUCCGACGUCCGCAUCAAUUCCUGUAAGCCGGGACUGAUGGUGACACAACCCCCGAGCACCGCAGUGGUGCCAACGUCCAGAGCCACCACGGCAUCGAGCCGUCCAGAAACGGAAUCCACCAGUCUAGAGGCGGAAUCCACCAGUCUAGAAGCGGACACGCAGACGACGGCAGCACCGGCGUCCAGGCCGCACGUGACGACAAUGACAGCCAAAGACUUGACGACAUCAUUGACCACAACACUGACGACACCAGCGAUGACGCCGCGGUCCACCACGAUAGAGCCAACGCCAGUGGCAGACACCGAACCACCCAACAAGCAGGAGAACCAGAUGGCUCAAAAAACCGAAAGAGUCGUAUUUGGAGGCGUUCCGACGACGCUGCUCAUUCUGGCGCUGCUGUUCUUUAUAGCGGCCGUGGUCCUCGCCGUUUGCUAUAUCAAAAAAUACAAAACUCAUUUACUCUUCACCAAGAAGAAAAAGCAGAAGGAAUGCGUGGAGGCCAAGGUGUUCAAGGACACGUCGGGCGCCGAAAACACGAAAGAGGAAGAGCGUCCCCCGAAUGGAAAAGAGGCAGAGAGCCCAUGGAAACCUACAGGAAACUCCAUCGAGGCGGAGGUGUAAUAUCAGCAGAGAGAUAAACUGCUCGCCCACUGGGCACCGCGCCCGCCGCGACGAAAAACAACAAACUGAGGCUCCAAUGAUUACAUUCACCAGUAUAAACCCCACCGCAGACCCAGAAGACCGGGGGAUGGGCAGGGAGGUCCCCUUAUAAAUUAUUGUCUCAGUAACAGCACUGGAUUACACCGUACACUACUGCUCCUGUGAUGUCACUUCCUGUUACCAUUGCAUCCCCAGGACACGCCCCUGAUCCCUAAUGAAUAUACAUACUGAGAAUAUGAUGGAGGUGACGUUGGCGGCAAGCAGAGAUCUUGAAAAUGUUGAGGAGCUGAUACAUACAGCAUCGACACCUUUUGUGGUUUUUAAGUCAUACCGAAGAAUUAAAGGGGGACUACAGUAAUAUAAUGUUGAUGGGGGGGGGGGUUGUCACCGACGCCCUGAUGUGGUUCUGUUUGAUGACGAUCCAUAUGUAAAGUGUGCAGUGACUGGCGGCUGUACCUCCAGCCGACGCCCAAUCAGAACGCGGCUUACCUUCCCGGAGGAUCAGGCGCUGUAGUGUUUGUCAGUAAAAUCUUCCCCUUUAUUAACGUAACAUAAAUCCAUGUACAGACCAGUCCUUAACCAUGCGGUAGGCUACGCGUCCUCGUCACUCAGAUUGAGGUGGGAAUAGGGAAAUUUCAAGUCCCACCAACAACCCCAACCCCCACAGGAAGUAGGAGGUGGAGAGGUAACAUCAAAAGCACCCCCCCCCCCUCCAAACCACCUGUUAUAAAAGUCACAUGUAGGUUAUAAAGGUUGGUGUCAGGGCAACGCAGCCAUAACGCAAAACCUAACCUAAGUUCACACUUGCUGACAAACCGCACCCGCCGACUCACGAUGGAGAAACAUGUAUUUAAAAGAAAAAACGCACAAUGUGAAUAAAGACAAACACCACAAUUGCAAAA